AGGAGAGCCGAAAGGGCCUGGUAUGAGCCCUACUUCGACUAGCCACUGAGCACAAGAAUGUGUAAUGUGGCAGUCAAUCGGAUAACAUGGUAAUGCCAUCGUACAACCAGCGAAGCGAACCUAAAUUUAUCGAAUUUAAUAAUGAAAUAGACCCUCAAUUUCGUCACUCAGGGCGACCUUGGCGCUCUUGACUCCGUACCUUGGGUCCCUGCUACACUUACCUUGAUUAUCGCUCACCUCACUACCCGGCUCGCUCUCACCCUCACACUCACUUAAAACUCUGGGGUUUGUGCGCGCAGACCUAACCAGCUCGCACUGCUAACCUGUUUGGCUGAACAGCCGCAGCCAUGUCUGAGCUCGAGUCCGGAAUGUCGUGCACGCUGAAAGAGGAUACCAUUACGGUAAAUGGCGACCUCAAGAUCUCCUUUCGCCGUACAGUCCGUGUGCCAGACACUUCCGAGUCGAACUACCUCCCCCCUAACCUCGGCGCCUUCCCACUCGAAGCAGUGUCACGGCACAGCGACAACCUGCCCAAGGUGAUGGUCGUAAAGAGCGGCGUUUUCUUCCCGAUGUAUCAAUCCGAGGCCAUGUGGAUCAACUUCAGCCCUGUCCAAGAACACAUGCAUCCCUACAAGAUCAAAAUCUACGUUGGCGGCGUAAACGUCGUCUCCGCCGAGCCUGCCCUUGAGACCAAGGCCACUGCUGUCCGCCGACAAGUCCGCCUAGGAAAGGCUCCUGCAGAUGCCACAGCCGCAUCUCCUCUGCAAGACUACAUCGUCGUCCCACAGCAGAAGUGGAUCGAUGGCGUCGCCAACGGAGACGGCACAGUCCGCCAGUUCAUCGCCAUGCCCAGCAACAGCGGGACUUCAGUCGAAGCGCAGAUCACAGGCCAGGAGGCUACAGCCGGUAUCCAGAUCGAAGUCACUCCGUACAAACUCUCCAGUCCACGACCCUUUCCCGGUGAGCCCAUACAGAUCUUCCUCAAGCAGCUCAACGGCACAACCAAGACGUUCAACGUCACCCGCCUGGAACCCAUCGCCAACUUCAAGCUGCGUAUCCGCGAGGCAACGGGCAUACCCACACAGGAUAUGCGUUUGAUCUACGCCGGGAAGCAGCUCGAAGACGCCCGCGACUUCGACGACUACCGCAUCUACAAAGAAUCCACCAUCCACAUGGUCCUCCGCCUGCGCGGCGCUGGCCCCCCAGACCCCAGCACAACCGCGCAGAUGAACCUCGCAGCCGGCGGCCUCAUCCACCAGGUCGUCCACGCCGACACCUUGCGCCCCAACUGGGACGUUGCCAAAACCACUGUGUUCAAUGCGCAGAUUCUGAAUGCAAGUCUGUACGAAGCUGUUACGGGGAUGAGGCCGAUUACCCGUCCUAUAAGCCAUGAGGAGUAUGCGGAACAUGGGUUUCCUUAUUUCAAGAUUUAUGAGGAGAAGAGUGGGGUUUAUGGCACGUUUGGGGUGGUUAAGAGUUUGGGGGAGGGAAAGGGGAAGGGCGUGGUUAGCGCGGUUAGGGUUGUGGAUGCGGGGUGUGGGAGUGGGAUCGAGGUUAUGAAUCCGCUUGGGCCGUAUCAGGUUUCUGAGUCUGUGGCGGAGAUUGGGGAGAAGUUGGAGGGGUAUCAUAUUGCUGAGUUUUAG